GCAAACACGUCUACACGUACUGAUGGUCAAUGAGAAAGUACUCGUACAAAGAGACUACAAAGGAGUACAAGUACAGCUACGCAUACAGUAAAGAUCAUCAAAACUGGAUACAAUACUAUUCAACUAAACCUUCAGUCCCCGAAUCACAACCGGAUUCUGUUCGACAGACCAUGUCCACUGUCCACAUACGCAUCACUCAACUGACCAGUCAGCCUGCCACUCUACCGAGUCCCACCCAGAAGGUCCAUGGUAAACACAAAUCCCAGUCCAAGGUCCAUGAAAACAACAGCCACAGAAUCCUUGACCCAAUCUUCUCAUAACGACUACGACUAUAAGGGGCGCUGCCCUAUUCUUCUAAAAAAAACUAUAAGGGGCAAGAAGAUACAAUCUUCUCUGUUCAUCUCGUGUUGUUUCUCCAUAAGACCAUUGAUGCCUUACCUUGCCAGUGCACAACUUAAGGAUCUGGAUUCCAUGCUAGUUUCAUCAUAAUUAAACCAUGCAGUCACUCCAUUUUUCAUACAAGACACACACCAACAAAUUGCACAUACCUUCCCUCGGCCUUGCUCUUGUGCUGCUGGUCUGCUUGGCCUCUCAUACCAGUUCCUGCACGGAGCAGGAGAAGGGCUCCCUUCUCCAGUUCCUUGCCAAGCUCUCACAAGACGGUGGCCUCGCUGCAUCCUGGCGGAAUGGCACGAAUUGCUGCAAGUGGGAAGGGAUCACCUGCAGGGAAGAUGGGACGGUCACCGCUGUCUUGCUGCCUUCGAAGGGCCUCCAGGGGCACAUCUCACAAUCCCUUGGAAACCUAACCGGGCUGCAGUACCUUGAUCUCUCUGACAACUUGUUGUCCGGUGGUCUGCCGGUGGAGUUGGUGUUCUCCAACAGCAUCACAACCCUUGAUGUCAGCUUUAACCGGCUCAAUAGCAUACUCGACGAGCUGCCAUCUUCAACCCCUGACCGGUCUAUGCAGGUACUGAACAUCUCAAGCAACUUAUUUGUGGGACAGUUUCCAUCCACCAUAUGGAAAGCAAUGGGGAAUCUGGUCGCACUCAAUGCCAGCAACAACAGCUUUACUGGGCAGAUACCAGCUUAUUUCUGUGAAACCUCACCAUUCUUCGCCGUGCUUGAUCUAUGCUUCAACAAAUUCAGUGGCAACAUCCCCCAAGGACUUUGUGAUUGCUCCAGGCUGAGAGAGCUCAGGGCCGGGAACAACAACCUCAGUGGAACACUCCCAGAUGAACUCUUCAACGCUACCUUGUUGGAGUACCUGUCUUUUCCUAACAAUGAUCUACAUGGAGCUCUUGAUGAUGUGCUCAUAAUCAACCUCAGAAAUAUCGUCACCCUAGAUCUUGGAGGGAACAAAUUCAGUGGCAGGAUUCCAGAUUCUAUAGGUCAGCUCAAGAAACUGGAGGAGUUCCAUUUGGACAACAACAUGAUGUUAGGGGAGUUGCCAUCAGCUCUGAGCAACUGCACGAAUCUCAGAACAAUUGAUAUCAAGACGAACAAAUUCAGUGGAGAACUCACCAAGGUCAAUUUCUCCAACCUUCCCUCUCUGAAAACAUUAGACCUUCUGAACAACAACUUCACUGGCACAGUUCCAGAAAGCAUUUACUCCUGCAGCAAUCUGACUGCACUGCGGCUAGAAGGCAACAAGUUACAUGGGCAGCUUUCACCACAAAUAAGCAAUCUGAAGUCCCUCUCCUUCCUAGCACUUGGUAAAAACAAUUUCACAAACAUCACAAAUACACUUCAGAUCCUUAAGAGCUGCAGGAACAUUACCACUCUUCUUAUCGGCGAUAACUUCAAGGGAGAGCUCAUGCCAGAGGAUGACAGCAAUGAUGGCUUUGAAAAUCUCCAGGUUUUGGACAUCAAAGAUUGCCAGUUGUCGGGAGAAAUACCUGUAUGGAUAUCAAGGCUCACACAUUUGAAGAUGUUACUUUUAAAUAGCAAUCAACUCACUGGGCCAAUACCAACCUGGAUCAGCUCCCUAAGAUAUCUCUUCUUUAUGGAUGUGUCAAAUAACAAUCUUAUAGGAGAGAUUCUGUUAACCUUCACGGAGAUGCCCAUGCUAACUGACAGCAAAACUCAUUUAGACCCAAGGGUCUUUGAGCUGCCUCUUUAUAAAGGUCCAUCACUUCAAUACCGUGUGGUUACAUCUUUCCCAAACACGUUAAAUCUAAGCAACAACAACUUCACAGGUGUGAUUCCCCCACAGAUUGGUCAGUUGGAAGUGCUUGGUGUACUUGAUUUCAGUUUCAAUAAGUUAUUCGGGCAGAUCCCCCAAUCGUUUUGCAACCUCACAAACUUGCAGGUGCUAGACUUGUCCAACAACAAUCUCACAGGUGAUAUCCCAGCUGCAUUGAAUAGCCUGCACUUCCUUUCAGCAUUCAGCAUUUCAAACAAUGACCUACAAGGGCCUAUUCCAUCUGGAGGCCAGUUUGAAACAUUUCAGAAUUCUAGUUUUGAUGGGAACCCAAAGCUGUGUGGCUCUAUUCUCAGUCACAAAUGUGUUUCUGUAAAAGCACAAGAAGCCAUCAUUCUGUCAAGAAAACAAACUGACUACAAGGUGGGCUUUGUGAUUGCCUUCAGUGCGUUCUUUGGUGUAGGGGUGUUGUAUGAUCAGUUAGUCUUAUCCAGGUAUUUUAGCUAGUCCUACUUGGGUUCACAUAUUGGUUUAUGAUAAUUUCGUUCAUAUUAGGCUGCUACUCAGGUUUAGCAACACGUCCAGCGAAUAAGCUUCUCCUCUAGGUGCAAGUCACAAUUAGGUAGUAGCAAUUAAAUAUUCUAGGGUGAAGAGUGAUUUCAAUAUGUGGAGAUGUUAAAGUAUGUAACAAUGUAAGAUAUUCUGUAGAAAACUGUCAUCUCAGCAUUCCAUGUAACACAAUUCAGCACAUCAGAGUAUGUACUCUUGAUGUUCUAAUAGCUUAAAUUUCGACAAUAAACACUGCUUAUAAUAUUUGAGAUCAUCAGCCGGGGAAAACAAUGGUACAGUGCCAGCCACUUUGCUGUUUCUCUUGCAUCAGUAAAGAAUAUCAGUAGGUACAUGUACAUGGGAUCGAUCACAAAUAAGUUACUGCAACUUCACUAGACAAUGAAUAGGAUCA